CCGGGUGAGCGGGGAGCCCGGGAGAUCCCACGGGGAGAACUUGAACUGAGCCUGACCGACCUCAGCAGCAGCCACGUCGAGGGAGGCUGUGGGACGAGGAGGCACAAGCUGGUUCUCAGGCGGCAGAGCACUAGCUGCUUGCCCGAUGCCAGGCGUCCCCUUUUCCCUGAGCCACCUCGGUCCCCGGCUAUCAGCGGGGGCCCGGACUCCAGCCUCUUGGUAAAGGCGUCUUCUAGCUACUCCAAAUCCCUGGAUCUGGGGGGGUCGCCCCCCUCAACCCCUCCUGCCGUUGCCAGGACGGACUCCCAGAGCUCCCAGUCUGAGCCUUCCAGCAGCAAUAAGGGCUACAGCCACCUGGAGGAGGCAGGCACCUCCUUGGAGUCAGUUGCCAACACCCCAGCCAGUAAAACCCAGGAUUGUGAGAAGGAACUGGCUGAGAAGACGGACCCCCUCAAGGCUACCAGCAGAGAACAAACAGGGGAGCAAUCCCAGCAAACUCAAAGACAGUACACAAAUAAGGAGAAACUCUUUAUGAUUUCUAGGUCGCACGCUGCAUUAGGGCUGGAGGACGGGGAGCUGGAGAGUACUGGCAUCUAAACAAAGCGGAGAAGGCACCAGGACACCUUGCGACCCUCCACACCUCCCCCCCUGCUCCAUCUCCUUGUGGACGUAGGAAAGCAUCAAUAUCCAAAGAGCUGCAGCAUGUUACCCAGGAAAAGCAAAUUCCACGGCUCCUGUAGAUGACUUCAGGAAGAAAAAGAAAAUCCUUUCUGUCUGAUCGUGGUUGUAUGUUCCAUGCAAGCCAAAUUGUAUUAAAUAUCCACAGCCCAGCAAGUUCUUUGGAUCAGAUUAAUACAAUUUUGGACAGUAUGACUGUGCACUUUACUGUUUUGAUUUCCAAGUGCCCCUUCUUCUCCUCUGAUUUCUUUCUUGCUGAUUUGCCACUAACUGCUUGAAAACCGUAGGCACCUUUUUAAGCUCAAGAGCAACGUGGUCUUCAGAUCAAGAAAGCCGAGCUCUCUCUUUGUUUUGGUUCAAUCACUAAAAAGUUUGCAAGGCCUUAAGGAUGACGUACCUUGACAAAGAAUGAGUUUGUUUAAAUUCUGGGAAAAAAUGACAAUUUAGAAGAGACUGGAGCAGAACAGAGCUCUGAUUUAGUUGAAACCAUUACAUUCCUGAAUCCAAAAUACCUACUACUAUGUGAUACUUGAUUAAGUAUUAAUACACAUGUAUUGACUAAUAGCAUUAAAAGAUUUUUUUUUUUUAAUAAAACAUUUACAAACAAAA